GCAACACGAGGUCUCUGAUGUCAAUUGAAAAUUGACAAUUUUUCCGUGAUAUCAUCUUGUCUGUUGUUUUGCGCUGAAUGUAUUGUUUUGAAUUAUAAUUAGACAAGUCAAUAAAUAUAAAAUUAAGCUGGUAUUGUAAAUAAAAAUGUCAAUCAAAGUAAAUGUGAAUACUUCGCCAUCUGUUGAACUGAGUUCCUACCGCGAUCAACACUUCAAGGGUUCAAGAGCCGAGCAAGACAGACUCUUAAGGAAUUCUUCAACUUUAUACGUGGGCAAUCUGUCUUUCUACACUACAGAGGAGCAAAUAUAUGAGUUAUUUUCAAAAUGUGGAGACGUCAGGCGUAUCAUCAUGGGCCUCGACAAGUACAAAAAGACGCCGUGUGGCUUUUGUUUUAUCGAAUACUACCAAAGAGCAGAUGCAGAAAACUGUAUGAGAUAUAUUAAUGGUACACGGUUAGAUGAUAGAAUAAUUAGGACUGAUUGGGAUGCAGGUUUUAUAGAGGGUAGACAGUAUGGUCGUGGCAAGACUGGAGGACAAGUAAGAGAUGAAUAUCGAUCUGAUUUCGAUAGUGGACGAGGUGGUUAUGGUAAAAUAAUACAACAGAAAGUAACAUCACUCUCUGAUGGUGGAUUUGGUCGAUGAAAUUUCUGAAAUAUAUGACAAUAUGUACGAGCAAUUAUAUAUUGUUCAGAUACAAGUGUUUAAUGUUUCUCAUUAAUUAUUUAUGUUAUAUGAUCAUCAAUUAGCUUAAUGUGUAAACUAUGUUUAAGUAAUAAAUUGUACUGAAUAGGAAGGAUAAA